UUGACUCAUCUUGAGUUUUCAUGCUGCAAUAUUUUCACCUAAAAGCUGCGUUGAAUUUUUAUACAAUGUAAGUAUACAAAGGUAAGACCACAAAGCACAAAAAGACACUCCCAGAUACAUCAUGUUGCAGUAAGAAAUCCCUUAGGUGCAUUCCAGAUAGAUUCCUUGAAAUAAAAACAGAAUAGAUUGAAAAACAAGGAAAUAAUGUAAAAGUCUGAAUGGCAGGAUAUAUUUGCAGUGCAGAUAAUGUUAAAAUAUUUAAUCUUUUCAACCUCUAGGGGGGACUAUGUUUUCAGCGAACCUGUCUGUAAAGAAUUUCCUUAAUCUGCAGCAGGCAGUUCAGACUGUUGCUGAUGUUAGCUGGAGCAAGUCAAGUGAAUCUCGGGUUUUGUAUGAGUUAUUUCUGGGGGGGAAUAGCCUGUGUCUGAAAUGACUUUAGUGCUCAAAGGCCAGCCUGAAAUCUCUGCUCUCGCUGCAGUUUGUGGGCAUUCUGCCUGCUACUGAUUCAUGAUUGCAGGAUUUGUUCUUAUUAAAAAGUAUUUAUGUAGCUGAAAAAAAAAAAUGUCUGUGGAGGAAUGUUGAAUUUAUAGCUUUGAAAUAUACAGUAAGAGAACUAAUGAUGAGGUGGAUUAAGUGACAUUUUGAAUUGGGAUUAACAAGUAAAUUCUCGUGCGUAAAUUCCUGGCUCUGAAAAAUAAAUCAAUCACAGGCUGGAAAUCUUUAUAAAACUGCUUAGGGUGAAGGGGAAAAAUUGAGCUGUUGGUGACACUUUGGGCUCUCAGAGACACUGUGACUCCCACAGGGCUGAAUGCAGUUGCUCAGGUGAGUAAGGACCACAUACUGUGGGCCAAAUCUUUUUCUGAAAGCAUCAAAAUUGGUUUUUGGUGCUACUACUGCUACACAGUACUGGCUAGAUGCCUCUUCUUUCUUUUCCCCCUCAUACUGGCCCUGCUUCUCCCACUUUUAUUAAUUCCCAGCAGUAUUUUACCUCACAAGGAGCAGCCAGUGUGAAGGGAUGGCAGCCCUGUAAUUUAUGGGCUUACUAUCUCUUCUGUUGUGUUUACACAGCUUACGCUCAAAUAGGACAGCUCGGAGAGUAUGGAGCUCAAACGUAAAAUGAAAAAGAUAUUCUGGUGGGGGAAGGAGGGAAUCAAGAGAGAUCCGUCCAGAUUUCAGUGUUGUAAACACAUCUGUAGGGUCACCAUAAAGCAGUGACUACAAAGGUCAGAAUUUCAAAAUGUGUCUUAAGAAAAUGUUUUUGCAAGCUUUGUGGUGAAGAUGGCUGGUGUGUUGUAUAUUGUAACAUUCUGCUUAAUCUCCACUAUGUUAUAUGGAGUCAUUUACAACAAAAAAUGCCUGGCAUAACUUACAGUACAGGAACAUACAAAACCAGCUUCACCAGGGUGGGUGUUUAUGUAAUCUUCAAGAACACUCUGAAGUUCAAUUCAGUAAUCAAAUAAAACUACAUGAGAGGCACAUUUCUCAGAGACACUACUCAUCUUUGAAUUUCUGAGCUUCUUUAUUUUACUGAGCCCCGUUAGAUAAAUGUUCCUGAAAAAAAGAUUUUUUGAUGAUUAUUUCUAUACAUUGUGUUACCUGCUGUUUUCAUUCCACUGCUCAGUUGUAAUCGCAUAAGCGCUUCCAGCUUUCUUUUCUUUUUAAUUGAGGCAUCCUAAAGGUGAGCAGAUGGUCACCCCAGGAGCACAGGUUUCCCAUUCAGACUGCAGUGUGAAGGCAGCAACAAAAGUAAGUUUACACAUACUGCCCUGACAAUGACCUCUGUGCUAAACUAAACAAACCCCUUCUGUAAAGCCAGGAGCAGUUCACUCACCUUUUGAAUGCAAACCUGGCACUCUCUGAGUAACCAUAAAACAUCAAACCGCCCAGCCCUGCUCUGGGUUUGAGGGUGCAUGCUGUUACGGGGCACAGAAAACUCCAUAGAGAGCCAUCCUUUAGGAUUUUGCUGUCAAAAAGCAUCAGGUAUUCCAAAGCCUCUUUGACAAAACAUUUUGCAGUUUUUGCAUUGACUUUAUUCCAGAGCAGGAGAGUCCAUUUUAAAUGGACACUAACAAAAUCUUAAGCAAAGCAACUUUAUGGCUAGUAAGCAGAGCUGAAGAGGGGUGCAUUUAACAUGCUCUGACUAGCCAGUGUUGUCAAGAUAAUUAAAAAGGUUAUUUUUCUUUUCCCCCCGAUAAAAUAAUCUCAGAACAGGACUUGUCUUCAUCAUUGGUGAAACCUCUGCUGCUUGGGGCAUGAAACUGCAUCUCUGACACAGUGGGUGGGAGGCCACUGGAGAUUGCAUCUGGGCCCUCUUGGCAUGGGGGUCUCAGAAAGACCCUAGAGGAUACAGGCAGGGGGCAGGGAUCCGGUGCCAGCUUCCCCAUAGAGUUAUCCUGCCCCUGAGCACGGGCACCCUUCUGGGUGAGCAGAUGGGAGCCGGGCAGCUCUGAUGUACCCUGCUGCAGUGCCCUCCAGCGUGCUACUUGCAUCCCCCGGUGCCGAUGCUGUGACACCCCCAAAUCCCCCAGCCCUUCCGAGCACCGACCCGUGAGCCCUCGGGGGAGGCGGGGGGGGGGGGGGGGGGACGGACGGUAGUGGGGAAGGGGCUCAAAUGCUUCCCAUAUUCAGUGAAGAGUAGCUCAACCGGUCUGAAGCAACCCAAAAAAAUAUUUUAAAAAAUAAAAAAUGAAAGCGAGACGGGAUCCCUUACUCCUCGAGCCUGGUCGCUGCGAGGGCAGCAGCCGAUCGGGACGGUACAUGAACAGACGGACCUCAGCCGUGACAGAUGUGACCGGCGGCCACCCCGCCCCCCCCGUUUUCGGCGCUCCCCAUGCCCGCAGCCCCGGCCGGCGGGAGAGGUGCGCGGGCACGGGGGGGCCGCGGGAGGGGGCGGGCGGGGCGGGCGGGAGCGCCCGGGCCGGCUCCUCCCUGCGCACAAACCCGGCCGCGCCGCGCAGGGCGUGUGGACGGCCGCCUCCGCUCCCGCGCUACUUAAGCGGGGAGGGUGCAGCUCGGCAGCCCCGCGGGGGGAUCCGGCGGCGGGGGGGGCGGGGGGUAAGAGGCUAGUCAUCCUCCUCCUCCAUCAUAAUCUAUUUAUAAGAAAAGCAGAGCCGCGGUACUCCGUCCGUAACCCGCAGGCGGGGGCAGGUUGUGAAUUCGCCAAACACCUGAGAAAUAAAGCACGACCGAACAAUUUCGAGGCGGGCGGGGAAAGGGUGGUGGUGGCGGUGGUUGGUGGGGAAGGGAGAAGAGAGAGAAAAGUUUGCCGGAGCUCGGGCGUCUCGGGGUGGGGGGUGGGCGCGAUGCCGCCCUGGCUGCUCGGCAGCCUCUGCUGCGUGCUGGCGGCGCGGGCGGCGCUGGGCGGCGGCUCCGCGGGCGCGGAGGCGGCGGCGGAGGAGGAGGAGAAGCUGAUCCGGGUGCUGGUGCUGCUGCCGCAGGACGACGCCUACCUCUUCUCGCUGGGGCGGGUGCGGCCGGCCAUCGAGUACGCGGUGCGGAGCCUGCGGGAGAGCGGCGCCGGCCUGCCGCCCGGCUACGCCUUCCAGCUCACCUACGAGGACUCGGCGUGCGGGAACCGCGCUCUCUUCAGCCUGGUGGACAUGGUGGCCCUGCACCGCCGCCGCCCCGACCUGCUGCUGGGGCCCGUCUGCGAGUACGCGGCGGCGCCGGUGGCGCGGCUGGCAGCGCACUGGGACGUCCCCAUGCUGUCGGCGGGGGCGCUGGCCGCCGGCUUCGGCGCCAAGGGCGGCGAGUACUCGCACCUCACCCGCGUCGCCCCCGCCUACGCCAAGAUGGGCGAGAUGCUGCUGGCCCUCUUCCGCCACCACCAGUGGAGCCGGGCCACGCUGCUCUACAGCGACAGCAACUCCGAGCGCAGCUGCUACUUCGCGAUGGAGGGCGUCCAUGUGGUCUUCCAGGAGGAGGCCUUCCACAUGGCCGUGCACAGCUUCGACGAGAGCAGCCGACACCUCGACCUCGACGACGUCGUCCGUGCCCUCCAGACCGGCGAGAGGGUUGUAAUCAUGUGUGCCAGCGGUGACACAAUCAGGAACAUCAUGUUGGCUGCUCAUCGGCAAGGAAUGACCAAUGGGGACUACGCUUUCUUCAAUAUUGAACUCUUCAACAGCUCAUCAUAUGGAAAUGGCUCAUGGAGAAGAGGAGACAAACAUGACCUUGAAGCCAAGAAGGCAUACUCAUACCUCCAAACUGUCACUCUGCUGAGGACCGUGAAGCCUGAGUUUGAGAAGUUUUCCCUGGAGGUGAAAAGUUCCAUUCAGAAGCAAGGUCUACAUGAGGAUGACUACGUGAACAUGUUUGUGGAAGGAUUCCAUGAUGCUAUUCUUCUUUAUGCUCUAGCUUUACAGGAAGUCCUGAAGUUUGGUUUCAGUAAGAAAGAUGGGGAAAAAAUUGUUCAGCAAACACGGAACAGAACAUAUGAAGGUAUUGCAGGGCAGGUGUCCAUUGAUGCCAAUGGAGACAGAUACGGGGAUUUCUCUGUGAUUGGAAUGACAGACCCAGAGGCAGGCACGCAGGAGGUGAUCGGGGACUACUACGGAAAGCAGGGGCGUUUUGAAAUUCGAUCAAAUGUGAAAUAUCCUUGGAAUCAUGGCAGGCUGCGACUAGAUGAAAGCCGAGUUUCAGAGCACACAAACAAUACACCUUGUAAAUCAUCAGGUGGUCUAGGAGAAUCAGCAGUUACCGGAAUAGUUGUGGGUGCCUUGCUUGGAGCAGGCUUGCUAAUGGCUUUCUACUUUUUCAGAAAGAAAUACAGAAUAACUAUUGAGAGACGGACUCGACAGGAGGAGUGUAACAUGGGGAAACAUCGGCAGUUACGUGAAGACUCCAUUAGGUCUCAUUUUUCUGCUGCAUAAAGAAGAAGAAUAAUUCCAUUCUUCCUAGGGAAAAAAAUAAUUAGGGAAGAGGACACAACCAAAGACAUCAGUGUAAAAAGAAGAGGCUCUUGAAGAACUCACUCUUUUAAGCAGUAAUUUUGUCUUAAUUUCUUUCAAAAGCUCAGGAAUGAUUUACUAAUCACAUUAUGCCGCAUGGCCUUUCAUCUCAUGAAAAAAGAAAAUGAUGCAGUUUGAUGUUAUAGGAUGUACUUAAUAUAUAAAGACAGUAUUUCUUAAGGCAUAUAUUAAGGACAGCAGAUUUGGGCUUAGUUGAUGGGGAAUGCCUCAUUCUGUUCCCUUCUUUUUUUAGCUCCUACCACCUCCUUCCUUAAUUGCAUCUCACCCAUGGCUAUCGAAUAUUAUUUCACAGGCACAUGUGCUGGUUGCUGUCAAAAGGAAAAAAGGGAUUCAUCUGGGGUAUGAUCUACAUCACUGAAUCAUUGUCAUUGAUUAAAGGGGAUACAAGAUUGGCCAUAUGGAGUUUAGUUCUGGGAGGGAACUGGCACUUGGGUGUAAUUAACUCCACUGGGGUGUAAUUAACUUCACUGAGAAGUCAGGCAGGUGGAAACACACACAAACUAUUAUUUCCUUGUUUGUGUAGUAUCACAGACAAAAGCACUGAUUCUCUUAGGUGCUGGGAGUUAGAAAAAACUCCAGUGAAGGAUGAAGAGUUUUAGUGUGGUGUGAAAUAGUGAGAGAAAGAAAACAAUCAGGCCUCUGGAGAGAGACUGGCUAAUUCCUCAGUCUUGUAUGUGUUUUAUCAUGCUCUUUUCUCUCCACUGCCAUGACUUUUCAGAGAAGUAAAUACAGUCCUUGUAGAGCCUGCUCCUGUUCCCAGUGAAGUCAAUGGCAAAAUCCCAUUAACUUCAGUGAGCACAGGACUACAUCCAAAAUUGUAAAUAUGAAAGUGUUUGUAUAGCUGAGGCAAUUCAAAAAGGGGAUCUUUUUUGUGUAAAAAUGACAUUCCAUGCUACCAUUUUAUUUUUAGGAUAUUUUUUUAUCUUGUAUUUUUCUAUUAAAGUAUCUAUUUUUGCUUUGGUAGGUUUAAAAGGGAGAGGAUGUUUUGAAGACAUAUUUUUUAUGAUAGGAGUAACAGGCAGGGAAAGUCAACAGCUGUAGAUACAUUUUAGAACCAGUAUUUAGGGGAGGAGAAGUGGCCCCACUUUCUUCUUCAGUCAUGUGCAACAUUCAAAUACUUACUUAAACAAUAUAAAUGCACAUUGUCUAUGUGAUGAUGGCCCUGAUCCUGAGAAUAAUGUUCAUUUCACAUGUUAAAUAGUUAGUCUCAUUGUCUUAACGUGGGACUGUUCAUGUGUAUACAACUAAACACACAAAGAACUACCUUCAGGUUUCAGGAUGGUAGAACACUACUCUAGGGCUGACUUUAAUCCUGCUGCCAUCAGUAUCCCUAGGACUUUCGCCAUUGGCUUUACUAGGACCAAAAUUGAAUCUAUGAUGAAUUACCUAUUGACAGGUUAGUUUAUGCUAGACAAAGGAGAGCUCUGCGCUUUCUGGUCAGCAAAUGGAAGUGAACAGUACAUACUAUAAAUGUGGUGAAGACCCAUAAAAAUAUUGUCUGUGGGAAAAUCCAGCUAUGACUGUGGUUCCAGUGUGUGAAAUCUUUUAGUUUAUCCUAUUCAGAUUUCAUUAGCAGAACUUUCUGGUCUCAGCAGUCAUAGUCAGACUUGAAAAUUAAUCUCAAAGCUGGCACUGAAGCCUGUGUUCUACAAAACUUUUAGGCUCUGAGAAGCCAGAGUGCCAAUUCAGAGAAACCAUUUGAGAUUUGAGUAGCUGGAUGUGAAGGAAGAGUGAAAUCUGGCUCUGUCUUCUUUCUGCUGCCUUUUAUUUGUUAAUGGGGAAAUACCCCAUGGAAUAUUUCCUUGGAAUUUUUUUUCUUAUGUUUCACUUGUCUCUUAGCAUAUGCAAGGGUUUGUCACCUGCCCUUGUGAAAUAUUGUCCAAUGUCCCAGGCAGCCAGAGGGCAGGGCUUCCUGGCUGACAGGGCAGCUCCAGUAUAGGUGGUGGAUGUGGACCAGGUAGAUUUAGUGUCUUUAGGGCUGACUGUAAUAGCUGUUGUUCACACAGUAGAUUUCCAUCAUCCUGUUUCCCAGUCUGGGCUUGUAUGACUUUUGCAAAGGUGCCUUAGCCAAAGUAACACUGCAGCCAGCGGACAGUUUUCUGAAGUAACCUCCUUAUCCCAUGGACGCCAGAGAAGAAUGUAGGCUAGAGCAGCAUUCAUACUGCUGUGGAGUUGGGGAGAAAAAAAGACUUCCUGAUUAGUUUUUGGAUUUUUUUUUCGAGCAUUUGAGUUUGUCUAGCCUCUGGGCAUGAUUAAGGUUUGUUUUUUUAAAAAUAAUUUCCAAGGGAAUUUUGAUCUACUUCUUGUUUUGCAAAUAUACCUUUCAGUGUUUUUACUUUCUUUGAUCCAUUUGACUACUUUGCCACAGAAAAAGGGAAGACUUUUAAAUAUGUAGAGAAAAGAGGGUACGAUUUGAAGCAUAAACUUCUUUCAAAAUGAUAUUUAUUAUGACUUGACUUGCAGUGUAAACUAGUACUGAAACAGUCACUAAUUAGAGAGCAAGACAGUAGUGUAGAUCUGCAUUUUUCCUGCGCCAUGCAAGUCAGGUCAGUCCAGAAAAUAUGAGCCAGAGAUCUGGCUGGGACAAUAAAUUUAUUAAGACAGCUUUUUUAUUGCAUCAUCUUACUAUAACUAAACAUAUUUACAAAAACAGUAUAGUGAAAAGUUACUUUUUAAUUAGAAAUACAUAAUUCUGAUCUCCAGUGUUAUGUAGGAUUUAUAAUCAUGAUAUCAAGAAGUGUUUUUAUAAGAUGUCUAUUGGUGGGAUGCUGAUGGAGGCCUAGCCACAACUUGCAUCCUAGGACCUCCCAAGAGAGGUGAACCUUUCUUGCACAUUAGAACAUUUUAGAUCAGUGGGUUUUAAUCUUUCUAAAUUGGUGCACACCUACGUGUGCAUUUUUUCCCAUGGAAGUGUGGAGAUCAUAUAUGAUAUUUCACAUAAGUAGACUCCUGUAUAGCAUAAAAAAACUUGCUCUUAGCUGCCUUUCACAGGCCUCUCACAAAUAGUUCCCAGGUCUUCUGUGGACCGUCGAUCAAAAACUGCCUUGAGUUUAGGUUAUUAGUGGAGAGAUUCUUCACCAGCUAAUGCACUUUUCCUUUCUGGUUCAUCUGCGUUAGCUCAAUGCCACAAUGUUUAAGCUUCAAACUCUGUAAGGGAAUGUCUAAUCAAAAUAAUAAUAAUUGAUUCUCAAAAGAGUUUUCAAAACCUACAUUUUUGGCUUCAACAAAUUGCCCAUAUUACAAACAUACCUCUGUGUUACAGAGCAGCACAAGAAGGGCCUUGACUCAGCUCAGCAGUUUAGAACACACAUAAAAUAUGCUCAACUUCAGAUUCUAAGUGUUUUGCUCACUUGGGACCGAAGGGUGUGAUCCUGGUCAUGUCUGAAACAAAGAGAAUCUUGCCAUGUGCUUGAAUUGGGGUAAGGUUGGCCCCAUAGGCCAUAUGUUUAUUGCUAAAUCUUACAGUUGUGCAUAUUAAAUUUAAAUUGAACUAGUGGCGUCAUAUUUUUGUUUGUCAAAACUUGACAAAUUCUGCUAAUUUAGCCUUUUUUUUAAUUACCAAAUAUUGCUCAUCUUAAUAGCUGAUUCACCUCAGAAUCUUCUUCAUUAGGAUACUAUGACUUUCACCAUCUUAUCUUCAAUGCAUACGUGUCCACUGCAAGUUGAUAAAGGUGGAGCAAAACUUUCAAUAGUACCUGUGAUUUAGUAUGCUGAAACCCACGAUUUUAGUCAGAUGCCUAGAUGCUUUGACCUAGGCCACUGGUAGUUCUGGAGAUUAUUCUUCUGGAUAGUUUAUGUGUUCUCAGUUGUCUAUGACUACCACCAUCACUAGUCAAUUACCAGUUCCUUCUUUGAUGUGCUUCACUGAAGACCAAACCCAGCUGAGUGCUGAAGACAUUCGUUCAUUGCUAAAACUUUUGAUUGAGAGUGCUGUGCACCUUGCAAGACUGUGGCCAGAAUUCAGUUUAUUAAAGAGUUAAUAUUCAUUCACUUCUGAAAAUAAAUUUUAUUGAUCUAUUUUCAGUUUGUUUUUAAGAAAUGCUUUAUUGCAUUAUUGAAAAUAUUCUGUUGGUUUUUAAUGGAGAAUUAUUAUGGUGUAGCUAUUGCUUUGAAAACAUUUGUGCUGGACAAGUUAAGUGUGCUCCUUGACAGCAUGUUGUACUGGGAGGUUGAUCUCUGAUUCAUGUUUUGGCCUGUAGAUGUAAUCACACUCUCAUUAAGCUGAUGAAAAAACCCUCUAAUUGAUUCAGUAGAAGUAAACUCAGGCCCUCAGUGAAGCAUUUUCAGGCUUUAUACUCGGCAUCUUGAAGCAGUUCAGAGUGAAUUUCUCAGCUUUGCAGUAGAACAGGCUGCAUCAGCCUUAACUGACCUUGGCUCCAGUGUGAUUUUCACCUCAUGAAUGCCAUAAUGCUCCUGGAAAGCCAAGAAUAGACAUCAAAGACAGGAAGCUAAUAGUCCUGGUCAUAAAUUUCUUUGGCAAUUCAGUCCACCUUUUCCGGAGCUCAAGACAGUUCCACAUCCUUCGCUACCCUCCUCUGUGCUUUAGAGUAGCCAUGUAGCUGUUCUGUUUCUUUAAAUAAAACAGUUGAGGUUAGUUUUCCUCACUUUCUCCCAGGGUAGAGUGAACACUCUUGAAUUCCCCAUUUUUUUUCAUUGUUUUUUCUCUAACUUCAGAAGUGCUUUGAAAAGAGACAGCCAUUUUCCCUCAUUUAGUCAGAAAUGCUCCCUCUUCACUGAGAGGUGGCUUUUACAUAAUUUUAGCCAUUGUUCAUUGCCACUGUGUUGCUUAGCUGCCAGCACAUCUCUUGUUGGCCCGUGGCCACACCAGCUGUUAUCAGAGAUCUAGGCCCAGAAUUGUCUGAUAUUGCCUGACUUUCAACCAAGCAAAGUUGAAAAAUCAGACUGACUAAAAACUUUCUGAAGUUUAAUCUGAAUUUUGCAGCUGGCAUUCUUUCCUUUUAAAAACACCUAAGGCUGGCACCAUAGAUUGUGGUUGUAGAAGCAGUCUCAUUAAAGCUAAAAUGAUUCCUGGGUGCCACUGGGCUCACAGAAAAUGCACUAGUCCAAGCAUGGUGAGAUGAUGUCAGGUGAUGUCAGCCUUUUUUUUUUUUUUUUGUCCCCUAAUUGUUGUUGCUAUACAAUUGACAUCAAAUCUAGUGGCCACUGUCCCCAAAGCAGGGCACAUGGGAACAGAAAUACAAGUUUGUAAUGGUACAUUGCCUUUUCUGUUGGUCAGCAACAUGCCCUCGUAACUUGUCUCACAACAGUGAGUGAUGAAGGGACAAAUUUCAUCAAAGUGCGUGUUUUGUAAAAGACAGUUUUAACCCUUUUUAGAAACAAAUAAAUACAAACUUACUUUUUGGAAUAUAUUUUUAAGGACAUGAUGGAAAAGGUUUUGCCUUCAGAUAUGUUGUGUAUGUCUCCUCCCCUUUCUUUCUUGCUGUUGAAAGCACAAGAUUUGUGUGUAUGUGAAACCUCUCAAGUGGAAGAAUGGAAGUGUUUGCACUGUGCAUAUCCCUGUUUAGAGGCAGAAAUGAAUUCACAUUGCUUGAGGCAAUGUGCAGUAUCCAUUCUCAUAUACCUUUUAACAUCUGAGCUCUGAGACUGAUGGAAAAUGAUUGUUGAAAUUGAAACAAAUAGCUGUUUGUGAGAGACCUCAGACCUGGCUGUCUACAGGGGUCAGCAAGCUGUGCAGUAGACUCUGGUAGUGUCUUUUCUCUUCUAGAGAAUGACAGGAAGCCUAAGCACUGCAGUUUGCCCCAGUGAAGCCUUGAGUCUGGCAUGAAAGCAGCUCUCCCUUUAUCUCGCCCGUAGAGGAAGAAAGGAUAAAGGUUAUUGUUGGUGUUUUUAUGAGGUUAUUGCUGGUUUCGAUGAAGAAGGUAAUGCUGCCAUGGCUUUGAGGCUUUCUUGGACUAGUGUUUAAACAUGUCCAGUGUAUCAUUACAUAGACUGUUUUAAUAUGCUAUUUACUUAUUCCAGAAUUUACCUUUAAGAAUGACUCCUAACUGACAUACACCCAAUUUACAGCAUAUAAAACUAGCUUUCAAAAGGAGAGGCUUCAAGUUCAUUCAAAAUUUCUCACUAACCACUAAGUUAAUAUUCUACAUCAAAGUCAAAAUAUUCUAAAUAACCUGACACGUUAAAGUAUGUCUGUUAAGCUAUAGUACUUAAGAUAUCUUUUGUGGAUUCAUUAGGUAAUACAUCUUUGAAAGGUUAAAAUCCACUCGGUGUGAACUGUUGCUUGGUGUUUGUCAUGUGAAUGUUUUUAGAGGACACUUGAGCAAGCAAAGAAAAUGUACCAAAAAGGGUAUUUAAAAAAAAAUCUUGUUUUAAUGGUUUCUUUUGUAAUCUCAGCUGGUAUGCACAGGGAACACACAAUUCUCCCCGACAAACUAUGAACAGAGGUUUUGCUAGUGUUACACAAAACCAUCAGCAGACCUAAUGAGCAUAGCUGUGUGGUUUCAUAGUUGGUGAUGAUCUGGACUUCUUUUUCUCUUGGGAAUAAAAAAAAAGGAACGAGCCUCCACUGAAAAGCCAAUAUCACAGUUACUAAUCAGUGGUCAUUUAUAUUGGUGCCAUGUGAGAUGAUAAAUGUUUCCUCCCAUAUUUAGUAUCUCCCUGAUGUAGCUUUGUGGCAGGUGUUGUGAUGACUUCUGCAGUAUAGGAUACAAGGGAUGAAAAGAUCUCUUUGGAAUAUAGGGAAAAUACCUGUGCAGUUGGGUUAGGGAGAGAGAAGAGGGAAGGUGCUUGGGGGUUGAUUAUACUUCCAUGAUGAUACUGUUGACUCUAUGGAGGAUGCAAUCAAGCUCUUCCUGCACAGUAUGCUGUCUUUGUUUAAUAUCUCCUUUCAGAGAGACUCAGCAGAAAGCUUAUUCACCUUUUAAAUUUCACAUAGCCCCCUUACCUAAAAUUUAAACAGGAUUUAGGUGGUACAUAGGACCUGCUCAGGGUGUACCAUGCCCUUAGGCUGGGUAUUUACCUAGUAACAAAGUCAUCUUUACUGUGAUGGUCUAAAAGUACUGAGAAGACUUGAGUAGAGUGGCAGGAUGAAGUCAGCGGGUAGAAUUUGAUGUUUCUUGUGCAUAAAGUGUAAUUAUCACAAAACUAAGAGGACUCAGGAUACACUGCGGAUGUUAACUCUGUCCCCUUUUUUCGGUGAUACUGUUCAUUAUUAAUGUAAAAAUACUGGACCACAGAGAAACCUAGUACCAGUCUAGUAGAAAACAAAUGGAAAGCUGCACAGUAUAUUGUACUGAUGUAAGUAGAACUAUCUGCAUAUAAUGUGAUUUUAUUUAUUGUUGUUUUUGUGUAGAGAAGAGUGUGUAUUCAUGACUGUGGAUAUAACCUUUGUUUAUUUGUGUAAUGUAUUGUAUUUCUUUUACAGCUUGGUCAUUUAAAAUAUCUACAUUCAUUGGUGUCCUUUGACUUUUUAUUCUUGCAUUUUCUUUCACACAUUUUAAAAAUACAAGAAUAUCACAUAACCUAAAUUGUAGCAAAAUCUUUCCAUUAAAGACAUAGGAAUAUG